AUUCAAAGAACAAAAGCCAAAAAGAGGCACACAUGCACUCAGUGUGGAAAGAGUUUCACACAUAAAGGAACCCUUAACAAACACAUGAGAAUUCACACUGGAGAGAAACCGUAUACAUGCACUCAGUGUGGAAAGAGUUUCACACAUAAAGGAAACCUUAACAGGCACAAGAGAAUUCACACUGGAGAGAAACCGUAUACAUGCACUCAGUGUGGAAAGAGUUUUACUCGAUCAUCAACUCUCAGUGUUCAUCUGCUUCGUCACUCUGGAGAAAAGCCAUUUAACUGUGAUCAGUGUGGUAAAGAUUUUAGUGUAUCAGCAAAUCUAAAACAACACCUGAAAGUUCAUUCAGAUGAGAAGCCUUAUGUGUGUUCUCUCUGUGGUAAGAGUUUUUCAAGGCUGUACAAUUUUAAACUGCACCAGAAAACACACAAUGAAGUGAGAGAUUAUAUGUGCUUUGACUGUGGGAAGAGCUUUACUGCAUCUGUUGAUCUGAAACAGCAUCAACGAAUUCAUACUGGAGAAAAACCCUACAAGUGCUCACAUUGUGACAAGAGUUUCACUCAGUCUGGAUCCCUGAAAAGACACAAGCGAGUUCACACUGGAGAGAAGCCGUACUACUGUACUCAGUGUGGAAAGAGUUUCACCCAAUCAAGUAGUCUAGUGAUUCAUAUUAGAAAGCAUUGUUCUGUGUCACAGUGAGCAAAUGUUUUGUUAGAUUCACAUAAAGUAAAUGUGUAGUU